UGUGGUGCUGGACACAGUGUUAGUUUCCAUUUUCUUUUUUCAGUCUUCGCAGGUAGGCUGUAGAACUGGCUGUAUAUGCACACUGUAAAUCUUCUAUUUACAUAAUAUUGAAUCCCAUUGAAAAAGACUUCACUUUGGUGUAAGGUUGUGCAAUUUUGAAAUGGUCUUUGAAUGUGUAUUUGUUACUUGAAAUAUUUCAUUAACAUUUAAACAAUUAUAUGUUUGUAGUUUUUUCUUUAUUUCAAAAUAUAAAUUGAAUACAUUGACAACAAAAGUGAAAUCAGUUAAUAUAUUGUUAUAAUUGUAUUGUCUUAAUUUUCCUAGGCAGUUCCAGCUCAGACUUAGUAACUCUGAUGGCGCGUGUUCUGUCUUUUUUCCGGCCAAAGCCACUACUUGCUCUUGUUGAAAGGAGAAAACCUCUAUUCUCUAAAAUGUCACUGGACUCUAGAGCACGAGAGGUGUUUGCAACAGCUGUGAGGGCUGUGCAACCAGACACUGUGGUGCGCCAGAGUAUAGAGCGUGAAGAAGAUGUAAUUACUAUUGAUGGACACAAACUAAGACUGAAAAAUAAUCUGCACUUAGUUGGUUUUGGAAAAGCUGUGUUGGGAAUGGCUGCUGAGGCAGAGAGGAUUUUGUCUGAUCAUUUAGUCAAAGGAGUCAUAAGUGUACCUCAUGGCAUCCAGGAGAGUCUACGACAACAUGGGAAAAACCAUCUAUUAUUAAAAGAAAACAGUAGUAUUGAAAUCAUUGAAGGAGCCAAACACAAUUUGCCAGAUGGGGAUGCCCAAAAAGCUGCUGAAAAGAUCAAGGAACUUGCUUCGGGACUAACAGAGAAGGACCUGCUGCUCGUACUUAUAUCAGGCGGCGGUUCUGCUCUUUUGCCUUCACCCGUUCCGCCAAUUUCCUUGCAAGAGAAACUGGACGUUACUCGAAGACUGGCAGGCGCUGGAGCCACUAUACAAGAACUGAACACUGUGCGGCGGGCCCUUUCUCUUUUAAAAGGCGGAGGACUUGCUCAUUUUGCUCACCCAGCCCAGGUGGUGGCUCUUAUAUUAUCUGAUGUAAUUGGUGAUCCGCUAGAUUUGAUAGCCAGUGGCCCAACAGUUCAGACAGAAAUAUGGCACGAAGAAGUCUUGUCAGUUCUUGAACGUUAUAAUUUGUUAGACUCUGUACCAGUCUCAGUAAAGGAGGUUCUUGGGAAACCGGGCCCUAGAUGGGAUAAGAAACAAUUAGAAGGUGCACAAGAAGCAUGUGUUAUCAAUGCUGUGAUUGGUUCAAACAGCAUCGCCCUCACCUCGGCUGGGCGGCGGGCUAGAGAGUUAGGAUUUCGCCCUGUUGUCCUGUUUCUAGGAGUGAGUGGGGAUGUGAAACUUGUCUCUCGUCUUUACGGUCUGCUAGCUCAGUUUGCUUGCUCGCAAAAAGAGCCUCCUCCAGAGAUAGCUGCAGAAUUGCUACGACUAGGCCCUGAUGUUGGAGUUGAGACCUGGGAUUUAUGUCGUACGAUGAAGGUUUUGGAUGAGAGUAGAUCAGAAGGAUGGGGGGCCACGUGUCUUUUAGCUGGAGGUGAACCCACAGUAGAACUAAAAGGCAAAGGAAAAGGAGGGCGUAACCAGGAGUUGGCAUUGCGAGUGGCAGUGGAGUUACAAGGCAUGGAUCUCCCACCAAAAGGCCCGGUAUUUUUGAGUGGUGGGACUGAUGGACAGGAUGGACCAACAGAAGCAGCAGGAGCAGUAACUGAUGCAGGUUUAUGUGAAGAGGCUACAACACAGGGGCUGGACAUAAACGGCUUCCUUGACAACAAUGAUUCUUUCACUUUCUUCUCUAAACUGUCAUCUGGACAGCGCUUACUAGUGCCAGGUCUAACUUGUACCAAUGUAAUGGAUGUACAUGUGCUACUUAUUCCAUCACCUCCUAUUAACAUUUAAUAAACAACUGACAUUUCAACUCACUAUACUGUAUUGGAAUCACAGCCUAUGAUGU